GAAGUACAGAGCACUACUAUACACAUGUGCAUUGAUUUGUAUACCAUAUAGUAUAUAGUGAGGUUAACCUGUGAUGUGUUGACAUGGACAAUUAAUGAACUGGGAUUUUAGAAGUAGAAAAGCUAAACUGCUGCUGACUGCUAGGUACAAACAUUUUUGUACCACCAAUGCGAUCCGUCAUCUAAAGUAUAUAUAUAUCCGUUAGCGCGAACGCGUUACUACUGUUAUUCGGUUCUAACACUACUGCUAUUCGGUUCUAACACAGCUACCGUUAAUGUCUGAUACUAUGAGGCGCUCCCAGUUUGAUAGCCUUAAGGGUCUAGUGGUAAAGGCCUUGCUCUUCACGUCAUUGUGUAGCUCAGUCGAAGCGCUGUCAAUCGACACUAGGGAUAAUUUAAUUGCACAUAACCUGAUAGAAUCAUUGAUACAAGAUACAAACAGGCUCAAUCACCGUGUGCAGCAUGUGCUACAAGAAAAGGACUCCGAACACAACCUACACAGAAGAGAGGAUGGCAGCAUGGCGUGUCCUGUGUGCGCACUGCCGGUCACAGCCGAGAACUCGUACCUUAGUAUCAAAAAAGCCAAACAGAAAUUAUACGCCUGCAGCGUAGAACACGCACAACUGCUGUUUGACAGUCCUAUGGACUACGCCGAUGACACACUGCCUACCACUACCCG